CAUCACGUGGGCAGAGUACUCGCUCAGGAAAUAACUCGAUCUGUAACUGCAUCUAAAAUAGGAAGAGGUAGCAGUGUUGCCGUGCAAGGAUUUCUCUUCUGUUUCGUCUACAUCUGUUCGUUCCUUCUAAUAUGUCAACAUGAUUCAUUUGUAUCAAAAUGUCACAAUUAUUCACAUUAUUUCCAUUUUUUUUAUCAACUGUUUCAAAAUAAAUCUUAUUAUUAACUGUUUUUACAAUUAUUUUCUGAUUUAAAAAAAAAAACAUUAUUCACGUUGGCCUAUAUGUUAAUGCCAGCUGAAGAACUGAACCACUAGCGUUACAGGGAAGUGUUAACGUGCACGUCUGUCUGCUUCUACCCAUGUUGUGCUGUUAGCUAUUGGAAACGGAGAAUUAUCAAAAUAAUAUAAAUCUAAAGAACAGCGCGUGAGAGGUAACCUCUGAGAGACGACAUAAAAACAAAGUUUACUCACCUGUGCAAUGGCGAGUGAACGCUCCCCAAAUGUUUAUGGGGGUCCUCCUCCCCAGUCAGAUCUUAGACUCCUGCUGCUUGGGAGAGUAGGAGCUGGGAAGAGUACAGUAGCCAAAACCAUCCUGGGCAGAGAGAACUUCCGGAGUGAAGGAGGCAUGUGUGUGAAGAAGCAGGGUGAGGUGGCUGGAAGGACCGUCACCGUGGUGGACACCCCGGGCUGGGACACUGUGAAAUACACGUCCACACAUAUCAAACAAGAAAUUAAGAAUAGUGUGACCCUAUGUCCUCCAGGACCCCAUGCUCUUCUUCUGGUGGUGCCCAUGGGCGACCCGCUCUCAUCCGCAGAAAGAAAGGCGAUUCGGUAUCACAUGGAGCUAUUGUCAGUUAGGGCAUGGAAGUUUACCAUGGUCUUGUUUGUCAGUGAGGCUGAGGAGAAAUGCACAUCCAUUGAACAGAAUCAGAUGAUCGACAGAGCAAAAAGUAUUCUAGUGAAAUGUGGGGACAGACACCAUCUCCUUGAGUGUGGCAAUUCUCCUCCCCAGAUUUCUGAGCUCCUGAUAAAGAUAGACGCCAUGGUAGCAGAAAACUGUGAAGAAUUCUUAAUCCCCCAAGUAUACUAUGAACUGAUGGAGAAAAUGCCAAGGGAAGUGACCGAGCUGAGAAGGAUGUAUGAAGACCGAGAGGACAGACUGAAACAGAAAUACAAAACAGAGUUGAAGGAAAAGGAAGAAGAGCUGAAGAAGUACAGAGAAGAAGAGAAGCCUAAAGAAAGGUUGAUGAAGAGGACAAGUAGCAGUCAACUACUUCCCCCCAGUAGUUUAUUUUCCUGCUGAAGCAAACUGGCUCAAAUUAAGAUCCUACAUCUGUAACGGUGAUCUGAUUCAUGAACUGUCUCUGUGUGUGUGUUUAUUCUUUGAAGUAAGCACAGAGAAGCAGGACGGGUCGGUAAUGGCUGACCAUCAGAAGGUGGACCUACAGGCCGUCAAGCAAGGAUACAGGGAAGAGGCCUUGUCUGUGGUGGGCCACUACGUCAAACCACUAAUAGUGAUUAUGACUGCUGUAGUGGGGGCACUCAUGGGAGCAGUUGCAGGUGCGGAACAUGGAACACUUGGCGCAUGUAUUGGGAUUCCUAUAGGCAUUAUUUUGGCCGUUCUUGUGAGUUAUGCUGUCCGUGGAGCCGCCACAGCAGCAAGGGAUAUUUCCAUCACAGUCAAACCCGAGGAAAAUGAAAGCCAGAGGAGAGAAGAGCGAGCAGGCUUCUUCUUAGAUUCUCCAAAAUCUAAAAUAUUUGAUAAGGAUCAGUGACACACUUUUGAAUGUCAACACUUUUCUAUUGCUACAGUGUGUAGUGUAUGGACUGUGCUGUAUGGACUCUCAUGGUUCACCUGACUUGACUGGCUGACCCCAGUGAAGAGACAGGACAGACUGCCCAGCAAACCGGGAACUUACCCAUGACAUAAGAAAGGGGUUUUAUACAAAAUUAGGACGUUCUCCUAACAUUCACAAAAACGCACACCAUCUGUAACAACCACCUUUCCCCAAACAUUCUCGUUAUGUUUCCUGGUAAUGUAAUAACACAAUGUACCAGCAAUGUUUUUUGAACAUGCUGCAACAAAAUGUAUGUGCAACGUUCUGGGAACGUUCUUGCAACAUCAGGCGAAUGUUUUAUACAAACAUUGUAUAAUCAUCAGCACAACUGGACUCUCUCAAAUCUCUGUCUGUGUAACUCAUGGUUGUUGUUGACAGGUUUUUAUUAUUGUGUGGGGGUGAAUGUCUGCACCCUUUGUGACCUGAUGGAUUGUGUUGAUCUGAGUCCUACUAUACUAUUAUCUGGUGUAGUCAUGUUGCCCAGUAGCUGUAGAUAUAUAUUUACUCUUGACAGCCGCAGAAGAGAAAGAUGAUGGCAGACUUGAGAACUUCGGAAGACAUGAAUCAUAUUCUUCUCAGCUAUUUAAAUGAUCACUGUUCAAGGAUUUCACAGAGACACAUCUAACAUACAACACAGUAGGCUUGAGCACGAAUGCAUAUAUUUCAGUGAAUUAAAUAAACAAAUGUGAGAUGCCAUAUACUCUGUUGCAAUAAAAAAAAAGUGAUACAUUGUAAGGAUGAAUUCAAAACGGUUCUGUUUUCAUAUUGUGCUUCAUUUCAAAACUGUAUCACCACAGAAAUUCCUCUGUUGACCCACAGUUUUCUCAUACUUGAUCACUCAAAAGUCUGCACUGAGGUGCUCACUCAACCAACCUUUUACAGCGCACCUCACCCUGGUACCCAGUUUGCAUCUUUAACAUGAUUUAUUGAGCUAUAAAUGUUUUCUUUUUUAUUUCUGAUAUAAAAAACAAAAACACAAAUCCUA